AUGGCGCACGUUCACGAUGCCGGUGUCAAGCAGCAGCUUGUUGACAAGGUGCCCAAGCGCUUUCGCGGCAUCAAAUUUGGCAUUCAGUCCAACCAAGAUAUUUCCAACCAGGCCGUGACCGAGAUUUCCAACCGACUACUCUACGACAUCGAAAACAACCGUGCUCCAUACCAGAACGGACCCCUCGAUUAUCAACUCGGCACCUCGAGCAAGACGGGCAAAUGCGCCACUUGCAACGAAUCCCUGCAAAACUGCAACGGCCACUUCGGAUACGUCAGGCUUCCUUUGCCCGUCUUCCACGUAGGCUAUCUGCGCUUCAUCAUCUCCAUUCUGCAAGAGAUUUGCAAAGACUGCGGCCGAGUCCUGCUCGAUGAGCCACAGCGCCAACAGUUCCUCUCCGAGCUCCGCCGACCGCUCAUUGACAACCUGCGACGCACCCAGAUAUGCAAGAAAAUCAACGAGCAAUGCAGAAAGACCAAGAACUGCCCUUACUGCGGCUCUGUCAACGGACAGAUUCGCAAGUUUGGCGUCUUGAAGCUGGUACACGACAAGUUUAUUUCCUACAAUAAAUCCACAGCCAUCAAGAAGGUCCCGCCUGAAAGCAAGAUUCUCUUUGACGCGUCCUUCACCGAAGCAAAGCGCGAGAAUCCAGAACUCGAAAAGCAUCUGCGCAAGGCCAUGGAGGAUCUCAACCCUCUGCGAGUCUUGAACCUCUUCAAGCUGAUUACUGCUACCGACUGCGAGCUUCUUGGCCUCAAUGCCACAGAGGGCCGGCCCGAAAUGUUCAUAUGGCAGUUCCUGCCUGCGCCGCCCGUCUGCAUUAGGCCGUCUGUUGCACAGGACAAUGCCAGCAACGAAGACGACAUUACCACAAAGCUCGCCGACAUUGUCUGGGUCAGUGGCAUGAUCCGAUCGGCCUUGCAAAAGGGAUCCGCAAUCCAGACAAUCAUGGAACAAUGGGAGUACCUCCAGACUCAGAUCGCCAUGUACGUCAACAGUGAUGUUCCUGGCCUACAGCAGCCUGGCUUCGGCAAAGCCAUGCGAGGCUUCUGCCAGCGUCUCAAGGGUAAACAGGGUCGCUUCCGUGGUAACCUGUCUGGUAAGCGUGUCGACUUUUCCGGUCGAACCGUCAUUUCUCCUGAUCCCAACCUCGGCAUUGAUGAGGUCGCCAUCCCUCAGCUUGUCGCCAAGAACCUCACAUAUCCCGAAAGAGUUCAACGCCAAAAUAUGGCCAAGCUUCGGCAAUGCGUCAAGAAUGGCCCUGAUGUUUGGCCAGGAGCGCAGAGCGUUAUCAAGAUGGAUGAAGGUGGCUACAAGAUUAAUCUCAAGUUCGGCAAUAGGAACAUGGUAGCACGAGAUUUGCGAAUUGGCGAUGUUGUCGAGCGUCACAUUGAGGAUGGCGAUAUUGUUCUCUUCAAUCGUCAGCCUUCACUGCACAAGCUCAGUAUCAUGAGCCAUCUUGUCAAGGUGCGCCCUUGGAGAACUUUCCGACUCAACGAGUGUGUUUGCAAUCCUUACAACGCCGAUUUCGACGGCGACGAGAUGAACCUUCACGUUCCACAAACAGAAGAAGCCCGUACCGAAGCCAUCACUUUGAUGGGUGUCAGACACAACCUUACAACUCCAAAGGACGGAGCGCCCAUCAUUGGAGCCACUCAGGAUUUCAUCACAGCUGCCUUUCUACUCAGCAGCAAAGACAGAUUCUUUGAUCGCAAAACUUUCACAUACAUGUGCAUGCACAUGCUCGAGACCAAUACGCGUUUCGACCUCCCGCCGCCGACCAUCAUUGCUCCAGUCGCGCUGUGGACCGGAAAACAGCUCUUCAACGUCAUGAUGCGGCCAAACAAGGAAUCAAAGAUCAGGAUCAAUUUCGAGUCCAAGUGCAAGACUUUUUCUGGCAAGUCCAAGAACAUACCCGACAUGGAUCCCAACGACGGUUGGUUGGUGGUCCGCAACUCCGAAGUCAUGUGUGGUGUAAUGGACAAGGCGACAGUAGGAACUGGAAAAAAAGAUUCCGUCUUUUAUGUCAUGCUGCGUGAUUUCGGAGCAGACCAUGCUGCAACAGCUAUGAAUCGCCUGGCCCGACUAUGCGCCAGAACUCUGACAAACCGAGGCUUCUCUAUCGGUGUUGGUGAUGUCUUCCCCACCGGAAGCCUCACUGCAGAGGUUGAGCGUCUCGUGUCGAUUGCCUAUGCACAGUGUGACGAUCUCAUUGAAAGUUUCAAAGCAGGCAAGCUCGAGAAGUCACCUGGCUGUAACUUGGAACAAACGCUGGAAAACUCCAUCUCUGGCAUCCUUUCCAAGGUCAGACAGCAGGCUGGUGACUACUGUGUCGAUACGCUGAGCCGCAACAAUGCCCCGCUUAUCAUGGCCAAGUCCGGCUCCAAGGGUUCGGAUAUCAACGUCGCUCAGAUGGUGGCCUUGGUCGGUCAGCAGAUUAUCGGAGGUCAGCGAGUUCCUGAUGGUUUUCAGGACCGUAGUCUGCCACACUUUUUCAAAAAUGCCCGACAGCCCCCCUCCAAGGGUUUCGUCAAGAACAGUUUCUACACUGGUCUUUAUCCCACAGAAUUUCUGUUUCACGCCAUUUCUGGUCGUGAAGGUCUAGUCGAUACCGCUGUCAAGACUGCCGAAACUGGUUACAUGUCGCGCCGAUUGAUGAAGUCUCUGGAAGAUCUCUCCACUCAAUACGAUGAUACAGUUCGAACGUCUGGCGGCACAGUCGUUCAGUUCCAGUUUGGUGGUGAUCGGCUAGACCCUGUGGAUAUGGAAGGCUCUGGUGCACCGGUGCAGUUCGUUCGCACAUGGCGGCAUGCAGAAAAUACUACCUGGGACAAUAAUGAGGCGGCGCUCACCCCGAAUGAGGCGCGCGAGCUGUGUGCCAAUAUGUUAAUCAAUGAGCGGAAACGAUUUCCUCGAAAGGGUCUUCUGCAUGGCGAGGAGCUCGACUACGAGGAUGACAGCGACUAUGCUGUCGAUGAGCACGAAGGGGCCAGAAAGUUUAUCACCGAAGUGGAAGACUUUGUUGGUGUCCUGAUCAACAAGCUGGAGAGAGUUCGUGCUUUGGCGGGCCUCUCCGGAAAUGAAAAGACGCGAGCAGCGGCACAGGAUCAUGCCGACCGCACAGCUAAGAUAACAGCGACGACAUUACGGCUUUUUGUCAAGCUGUGUCUACACAAGUACAAGAAGGCUCAAGUAGAACCGGGUCAUGCCGUCGGUGCCGUCGGCGCGCAGUCCAUUGGUGAACCAGGUACCCAAAUGACGUUGAAGACUUUCCAUUUUGCUGGUGUCGCCGGUAUGAGUAUCACACAGGGUGUGCCUCGUAUCAAGGAAAUCAUCAACGCAUCCAAGCUCAUCAGUACUCCCGUAAUUACGUGUCCCCUGAUGAACAACCAACAAAUUGAGGCGGCCAAGGUCGUCAAGGCGCGAAUCGAAAAGAUCUUCUUGGAGGACGUGCUGCACUACAUCGAAGACGAGUGGCGCCCCGAUGAAGGCAACGUGGUGGUACAGGUUGACAGGCAAGCGCUAGCAGACAUGCAUCUCGGCAUCGGCAUCCAUGACAUUGCGCAGGCCAUCUGCAAAGACCGCAAGAUGAAGAUUCAGGCGACCGACGUGGCCAUUAUCGGCGACCGUAUCUCCAUUCGGGUGCGCGACAAUGCCAGCGUCUUGGCUAAGCGCACGACGCGCGGUAAAGCCGCCGAAGACACGAGCGACAUGCUGCUGCGCGCCAACGCGCUGCGGCGCAUGCUGCCGGCGCUGCCCAUUUCAGGCUACCCGGAUGCGUCGAGGGCGCUUAUUGAGACGUGUGAGGACGGCACGCACAGGGUAUUGGUGGAGGGGUACGGUUUCCAGGCGUGUCUGACGACCGAGGGCGUCAUCGGCACGCAGGUGCGCACCAACAGCGUCACCGAGUGCAACGAUGUGCUGGGCAUUGAGGCGGCACGCACGACGAUUGCGUUUGAGAUUGAGCAGGUUAUGAAGUUCAUGGAGAUUGACCAUCGUCACAUGCAGCUGCUGGCCGACGCCAUGACGUUCAAGGGCGAGAUUCUCGGCAUCACGCGCUUCGGUUUGUCCAAGAUGCGCGACAGCGUGCUGCAUCUCGCGUCGUUUGAGAAGACGCCCGACCACCUGUUCGAGGCCGCCGCGGGCAUGAAGACGGACGAGAUUGAGGGCGUCAGCGAGGGUAUCAUCAUGGGCCAGGGCAUGGCGGUAGGGACGGGCGCUUUUCAGGUCGUGCGUCGUCUGGGCAUUGCCGCGGCGGACGUUGGGCAGAGGGAGACGCUGUUUGAGGAUGCGUGGACGGCGGAGACGAAGAGGCGGCGAAAGCACGUAUGA